AUGCUGGAAGUUCACAUCCCGUCCGUGGGGCCCGAGGCCGAGGGGCCCGGGCAGAGCGCAGAGAAAGGCCGCAUGGUGUUCCGCGUGGAGGUGCUGUGCCGCGGGCGCAGGCACACGGUGCUGAGGCGCUACAGCGAGUUCCACGCGCUGCACAAGCGGAUCAAGAAACUGUACAAAGUGCCCGACUUCCCAUCGAAACGCCUGCCCAACUGGAGGACCAGAGGAUUGGAACAGAGGAGGCAGGGCUUGGAGGCUUAUAUCCAGGGUGUCCUACACAUGAACCAAGAUGUGCCCAAGGAGCUGCUGGAAUUCUUGAGUCUUCGCCACUUCCCCACAGACCCCAAGGCCAGCAGCUGGGGCUCACACCUGCAACACAGGCCUGUCAUCAGUUUCUGCAUGGAUCCCUACAUUUGCACCCCCUCCCAAGAGCUUCUGCCCAACAUGGUGGUAAACGGCGUGCUACAGGGCCUCUACAGCUUUAGCACCUGUCCAGCUCAAGUCCAGCAAGAGGCUCCCUGUCACGCUGCUGCUUUGCCACCAAUGCCUUGACCAGCCCAAAGGUCUUUGGGCCACCUGCCAGAGCAGUCACAUGCCUCAUUCCUGUGAGCCCAAUGUAAGGGACAUGGCCCUGGUUCCCUUUGGCCCAAGAUUUACCCACCCAAGGUACAAACUCAGGUGCACCCAGUAGGCAGGGGCAGGUGUUGGGGUUGGCUGACCUGCACUCAGGGCAGGGACAGCAGAGAAUAAGGAGUAAAAGGAGACAUCAAAUUAGACAGGCUGUGAAUGUAUUUCAUAACCAGGAGAAAGGGGGCAGGAGCAAAUAAAGGCUGAGGCACAGUAACAGGUAAAACUUAGAAGGAGCUAAAGCUCCUGUUUGAUCCUUUGUGUGUAGCAUCUGAGGCCAGGGUUCAGGCUGGAGGCCAAGGAGGGGUAGGCCCCCAUGGCCACUGGAGUCCCAGAUAUGCUGGGACACAGAAUUGGGAAAGGCGCUGUAGCCCCAAGAACCCAGCCCCCACACGGGUUAAAAAAACCCUACCUUUUAUUUUUUAUUGGGCAGCACUGGUAGGAGUUUGUUACAAAACUGGGCCGGUGGUCCAUGGAAUGUGAGGGGAGGGGUCCACUCCAUCAGAUGCCAGCACUCGGGCCCAGGCAGCACGGAGCCCUGUGGCGGGCUGUCAUCGCUCCCAGAAGGGCAACAGGGCCGCAAGGACAGUCGCUCAAAAGGAAGCAGUCCCUGGGGCUCUACUCCUUGGCGAUGGCGAAGGGCUUCUCCACUUCUAUCUUGCCACAGUCUGCGAUUGUCACAUCCUUCAGUGGCUUGUCCCGACCAUCUGUCUUAGUGCCUUCCACCUUCCGCACUACCUCCUGGGAUGGAAAAGCAGAAGCAGGAGGGUGAGGGGCCAGGCCCCAGUGUAUAGCUGGGAGAGCCAAUACCCCCAAGUGACGAAACAAACCCAAGGCACCAAGAUUCUACUGGAUCCAAAGCCAGGUGUCAGCCCAGGACAGGGAGAACCCAGCUUUGACUAGAGGCUGCCAGCAGUUCUGCUCCUCAGAAGUACAAGCCAGGAUGGGCCAAAAAUGGGGAAGAGGGAGAGGGUGGCUGGAGAGUGGGGGGAUGCAUGGGGUUGGGGGUGACCAGAAGGGACACCCGCAGCUGUGCAGCCUCUGCUUGUCUCCUGGAAGCAUUUAGAACUUGGCAGGUCUAGAGAAGCAGGCUGUUUGUUUUGGCCUCCUCCAGGUUUAAAGCCACAAACACUGGUCUGAAUCUGCGGGUUUUCUUUUGGGAAAGUGAUGACCUAUAGGUGGAACCCCUGCCCCGUAUCUGCGCCAAGUCCCUGGUGAGAGUCGCCAGGUGUAGCCUUCGUCUCCCGAACUCACCAUGCCCUCUAGAACUUUGCCGAACACAACGUGUUUGCCAUCGAGCCAUGCGGUCUUGACUGUUGUGAUAAAGAACUGGGAGCCAUUAGUGUCUUUGCCUGCAUUGGCCAUGCUCACCCAGCCGGGCCCGUAGUGUUUCAGCUUGAAGUUCUCAUCGGGGAAGCGUUCACCGUAGAUGCUCUUACCUGGGAAGAGAGACAACAGGUUGAGGGAGCUGGGUCAACUCAAAGCAAACAGAUCUUUGGGGUAAGGAUUCCAGAGCCUCAACCUGUUUUCUGUGACAGGCCAGGCUCAAGUGGAUUACCAGGACAUAAAAGCUGUCUUCUUCCAUCCUCUGAUUCUGGAGCCAAACCAUGCUGACAGACCCAGUGGGUACAAGUCCGGGAUAAUUUAGUGAGCGACUCAUGUGAUAGGUUACUUUGAGAAUAUAGUGUUAUGGCUUUUAAAUAAAGCACAUUUAACAUAUGGUGCCCUUGUUAGGGUCUGAGAGGCCUGUCAAGGAGACAUUUCGGUGGAGAGAGGUGCUGGGCAGGAUGCAGGUGUGGGGUGGGGAUAAGAAUGCUCCAGAAAAGGAGGGCUGCUGUGGUUGAACAUCUUUUCUUCCAAGGACCACAAGACACUGAGAAGCUAGAAAGCAGGGAGAUGAGUGGGAGAGUGCAGGGAAAGGCAGAAAAGGGGCUGAGGGGCUUCACAGAGGUUCCAGAAAGUCAAGAGCCCCUUAUCAGUGAAUGAACAGAAAAUAAAAGGUGACUAUA